AUGAAGAUCAUUGCGGCCAAGGACCGAGACAUCGAAGGCAUUGCGAGGAAAGAGGAGCCCCCUCCUACUGUCGAGAUCUACACAUUGACUCCACACGGGCAUAUGGUGUGUACCAACGCACGACGAGCAUCCAUAACGAUCGUCCACGAUGAUUGA